AAUUAGAUUCAGUCAAACAGAAUCAAUACUAGUUUGGGAGUCUUAGCUCCUUUUGACAGGUUUCAAAUAUGCUUGUAUUAAUUCUCUCCAACCAACCUCGACUUCUCUUCGCUGUGCGUCUUCGCGUCACAUAGGCACAAUGCCGAUGAUUGAAAAAAAGCAGAAGAAUGUCAUGCGGGAUGUCCGCAUCGGCAAACUAUGUUUAAACAUAUGUGUCGGCGAGAGCGGUGACAAGCUGACUCGUGCGGCCAAGGUGUUGGAAUCCCUCACUGGUCAGAAGCCCGUCUUCUCAAAGGCCCGCUAUACCGUGCGUUCCUUUGGUAUUCGACGUAAUGAAAAGAUUGCAGUUCACUGCACUGUGAGAGGCCCAAAGGCAGAGGAGAUCUUGGAGAAGGGGUUGAAGGUACGUGAGUACGAGUUGAGGCGUGAUAACUUCUCAGCCAAUGGUAACUUUGGCUUUGGCAUUCAAGAACAUAUUGAUUUGGGAAUAAAGUAUGAUCCAGCAAUCGGUAUUUUUGGUCUCGAUUUCUACGUUGUUCUUCAAAGACCAGGAUAUCGUGUUGCCAAACGCAGACAUUCCCCAGGUAAGAUUGGUCCCCAGCACUGCUUGUUAAAGGAAGAUGCUAUUAAAUGGUUCCAGACCAAAUAUGAAGGUAUCAUUCUGCCUGGAAAGAAGAAGUAAAGCAAAUAAAUUGUGAAAUAAA